AUGGCGUAUCAUGAAUCUUUCCAACUCAUAGCUCCAAAAAUCGAGAGAUACACAAAGUUAAGAGGUCCGCCUGGACACAUGCUUUUCAACUGGAUGGGAAACGAAGUCGAGCGCCUCGUUGCUGUACCCAUUCAACGGCAAGACGUCCCGCCGAGACCUGACAUGGCCACAUCUACGGGCUCAGAGUCACAGCUCCAGAACGAAUGCCAGAUUGUCAAAGCAACCGCUGGAGACUCUCCCAAGGAGAUGCAGGAAAAGAAGCAUCUAAAGCGCAAAGCUAACAGCGAAGAGCAUACCGACUCCUCUCCGCACCAGCAGCGGGCAGAAACAAAGCCCAGCGACGAAAAGGACGAGGCCAAUACCAAUCCUACUACAUUUUCCAACCUCCCUUUGGAAGUGCAUCGACUGAUUUUUGAUCAAAUCGAUCUCAUCGAAGACACUGUUUGCCUCGGUCUAGCAAGCAAAUAUCUCUGGACCAUUGCCAAGGAUCACCUCCACACGUAUUAUGCUUCAUUUUUGGGGCGUUGGGCUGCCCAGAGAAUAGUCUUCGUAGGAGAUGACGUUGAAACAAUGGACUUUCCUCCAGGAUUGUUCUCUGCAGAAGAAUUGGAUGAAUUACCAACAACAGUUGACAUACCUUACAACUACGAAUACCCCGAGCCGCCGUUGGAGACGUAUGAUCCUGCAUUGAAGUCGACAUAUCGGGAUAUCAUUGCCGAAGAGGCAACCUACUUUCCACAAGACCAGCCAUGGAUUCUCCGGAACUUGACAGUGAGGGAGUUUGUCCGCUCGGAAGCCAUUGCUCUGAAACCAGAAUUCAUCCACGGUCCUUUUGUGGAUGGAUUUGGAUUUGGCCAAGUUAUCAUAUCGCGCAUCUGCUGGUCAACAGAUCCCUGCGACAGCAUUGACUGUGCCGUACCUAUCCACAGGGGAGUGUGGGCAGGACACGCGUUUGAGAUUAUAACUCUGGCAAAACACAGAGCUGAAGCCACAGAGACAGAGUGGAGAGAUGUGAGCGAGGAAGUGGCAAGUGAGAUUGCGAUCAUAUGCGAGAGUAAAUAUGGACCCGAUUGGCACGAGAUCAUAUGCAGACGUUUCUUCGAUGGCGGAGAUGCGUCUCGAAAUACUGUUGAUCCGCAUUUGACACUUUUCAAGAGGCCCAUUUAG